AUGGUCGUCGCCGAGGCGAGAUGGUGGGAUUAUUGCCCCUCGAACGAGCGGUUCAUGUAUUGCGAGACGGGCUGUGAGCGCCAGUGUGGCGAGGAGCCGGCCAAGAUAUGCGCCUUGCCGGUCGAAUGCGACAAGAAAAACGUUUGCGAGUGCAGCCUGGGUUUUGUGAGGAAUCCGGAUGGAAAAUGCGUCGAGCCGAGCUUAUGUCCGGAG